GCUCGGGGAGCAAGGGGGCCCGGCCCGGCGCACUCGCGGCCGGCGGCGCUGCCCCUGCCGGGCCCUGGAGGAGCGGCCGAAGCGGGGUUUGGUUCGUCUGUGCGAAACACCGAGCUGGUGAGGGGAGUCCUGUGGGGAGCCGCUCGAAGUGACAGGGACACUGCUUUGCUAUCCUGUAAAAGCUUCAGCAGGCCUGCGUCAGACCUCUCGCAAAUGUAAAUGCUGCUGCUGGUGUGUUGGAGAUUGCAGCUGAGCUUCACAGCACAGACUAACCCAGAAGACAAGGUGACCUGAGAUCUCAUGCUGUCCAAGACAGCAAUAGUGCUCUUCAGAGACAGUUUUCUCGCAUGUUCUCUGAGGUCCAGUCAGUUGUGCUCUCUUCCAUAGGUAAAUACAAAUAGGAUAUGAAUUGGGAAAUAGAGUUCCUAGCCUAGCUCAUUAGAAGGAACAUAAAUAGGUAGUAGGAAGAGCACAGCUGAUCACAGAGCACAGGAUGGGUAUCUAUUUUCUUCUGUUAAUUGUAGGGUUUUGCUGGGGGCAGUACAACCCCCACACCCUCUCUAAGAGGACAUCUAUUGUGCAUCUCUUUGAAUGGCGCUGGGAGGAUAUUGCCCUGGAGUGUGAACGCUAUUUAGCUCCUAAUGGAUUUGGAGGAGUUCAGAUUUCACCUCCAAAUGAAAAUGUUAUUGUUACUGACCCCAAGCAGCCAUGGUGGGAAAGAUACCAGCCUGUCAGCUACAAGCUGUGCACACGAUCUGGAAAUGAAACUGAAUUUAGAGACAUGGUGACCAGGUGCAACAAUGUUGGAGUAUAUAUUUAUGUGGAUGCAGUAAUCAACCAUAUGUGUGGAGCUAAUGCUGGUGCUGGUGACCAUGCCACUUGUGGAAGCUAUUUCAAUGCAAAGACUGAAGAUUUUCCAGCUGUGCCAUAUUCUGGCUGGGACUUUAAUGACGGUAAAUGUAAAUCUAGAAGUGGAGACAUUGAGAAUUAUCAUGAUAUAUCUCAGGUGCGGGACUGCCGCUUGGUCAGCCUUCUGGAUCUGGCCCUGGGGAAGGACUAUGUGCGCUCGAAGGUGGCUGAGUACAUGAACCAUCUCAUUGACAUUGGCGUAGCAGGCUUCCGAAUUGAUGCUGCCAAGCACAUGUGGCCUGGGGAUGUGAAGGCGAUUUUAGACAAGCUGAAAGAUCUAAAUACUACAUGGUUCCCUGAAGGAACUAAACCUUUCAUUUACCAGGAGGUAAUUGACCUGGGUGGAGAGCCGAUCAAAGGCAGUGAGUACUUUGGAAAUGGCCGAGUGACAGAGUUCAAGUAUGGUGCAAAGCUGGGGACAGUGAUCCGCAAGUGGAACGGAGAAAAGAUGGCCUACCUAAAGAACUGGGGAGAAGGCUGGGGCUUUGUGCCUUCUGACAGAGCCCUGGUCUUUGUGGACAAUCAUGACAACCAGCGGGGGCAUGAGGCCGGUGGAUCUGCUAUUCUGACCUUCUGGGAUGCCAGGCUCUAUAAAAUGGCAGUUGGUUUCAUGCUGGCCCAUCCGUAUGGGUUCACACGUGUGAUGUCAAGUUUCCGCUGGCCAAGAUAUUUUGUUGAUGGAAAGGACAUCAAUGACUGGGUUGGACCCCCAAGUAACUCGGAUGGCUCAAUAAAGCCUGUGACAAUCAACGAGGACACUACCUGUGGCAACGACUGGGUUUGUGAACAUCGCUGGCGUCAGAUAAAGAACAUGGUUAUUUUCCGUAACGUGGUGGAUGGUGAGCCUUUCUCCAACUGGUGGGACAACGGCAGCAAUCAAGUAGCUUUUGGCCGUGGUAAUAAAGGCUUCAUCAUUUUCAAUAAUGAUGACUGGUCUUUGAAUGUAACUCUGCAGACUGGUCUGCCUGCUGGCACUUACUGCGAUGUCAUUUCUGGGCAAAAGAAUGGUGACCAUUGUACAGCAGUUGAAGUUCACGUUGCUGCUGAUGGCAUGGCAAAUUUCCUGGUUGGUAAUGAGGACGAAGACCCAUUCAUUGCCAUUCACGUUGAUGCUAAAUUGUAGCCAGAUCUGUUGUGCACCUGUUGUUUCUUCUCUUCUGUAUUUUUGCUAAGAACAUACAGGUGGGCCGAAUGUCCAGCACCAAAAGAACCAAGGUAGAGCAAAGUCUAUUAGUUAAUACUAGUGAAAUAGUGAGCAGCUGCUCUACAGAGACAGGAGCUAGUGGUGCCAGCGCACAUCUGGGAGUGGUGCUGUACACCUGUUUGCAUUUUUAAGCGUGCUUUAUUCAGUUAAAAUACUCAUACAAAAUAAAAGGAGAAAAUUGAAAUUACUUAAUUUAAAAUGGUGCUGCUCUGUCCAUGAGUGGAAGUAGUGUGGUUCUCUUUAGGGGCAAGUGGGACUGGGAAUUCAUGGGAUGUCCAAAAACCAAGAGAAGACACUUUGUGCUGAAACAUGGCACAAUUCAAGUUGCUUCCAAAUGAUAACUCAGUUGAAAAUGUGUUUCCUCUGUUGAUCUGUACAUUCUCUGUAUCUAGUGAAUAAAAAAUGGCAUUCAAAUCAA